UUAUACUUGCAGUUGAAUGUGGCCUUGGAUUCAAAGCGUUUCAAGACACAUGCUUUUACUUUUCAACUACACAGGCUCAAAGUUGGUUUGAAGCUCGGGCAGCAUGUUUCGUUUUGGGAGCGGAUCUCGCAAUUGUGGACAACAUGGCAGAAAAUGAUUUUUUGAAGACGAUGACACCAACAAAUCGAGUUCACAACUAUAUUGGAGCAACUAAGCUCGCUGAUGCCACCACACCGACCUGGCGGUGGACGGAUCCGUCUGCUAACCCGAUACCACCUGCACCAGGAGCAGCUGGUCCUGGGUUCGAGGACUGGACAGCAGGCCAACCCGGCGGUGGACCUACAGCACAGUUCUGCAUGUCUUUCAGAAACCAGGGCGGGGUAUUUCAUUGGGACGAUCUGAGUUGCGCAAGGAACGAACAUUACAUAUGCGAGAAAAACGCAAAGUGGCCGAAGAAGAAGUCCACUGAAAAGUGUUAAAUGCUUCCAUCUCGUAUGUUAUAUUUAAAGCUGCAAUCUCGGGUAUAUUUUUUUGUUUAACUAUUCAGAAUCGCUGUAUCGAUCUCCCAGUGCUCCACGAUUGGUGCAUCAACAGCCGUGUUGUGUGCUGCCCUGUCUAAAAUAUAUCUCGCUGCUAUAUCGGUAAGAGUAGCCUAUAUGGUGGCAGCGCGGGUUUCAUCUCUCUUUCGUUAUCGACCAAAUGUCUAAAUAACCAUGUGUUAGGUAAUAAAUAUCUGUAGUUUAAAAUGAGCUAAGGAUUCAUUUAAGAAGUAUGUUUUUCUUCCAUUUACAACAAACCAUCUGUAUUAACGUUCUUUCGCUGCACUCCGGUUCUUCGAUAUCCAUUGCAGGCACAUGUGCAGGAAUUUUACCUGUAUGGUCUAGACUGUA